AUGAAAGAUCAGAUUGAAGUUGUUGCCAAUUUCUCUGCAGAAUUGUUCGUCUCGGACGAUAGACCGGUAUCUGUGGAAAAGUUUUAUGUCGUUGAUGAAGUGAGAGCGCUCUUGGGCUUCAACACAGCUAUAAGAUACUCCGUCCUCGAUAUUGGUCUGAACGUGCCAGUACACCGGAACCAAAGGCAGACAUUUCAGUCUGAGGGGUAUUGCGCUCAAGCUGUAUCGAUUGCAGAAGAUUUUCCAAAAUUUAAUAUUCCUCCGGUGACAUUGAGGUACAACACUGCUAUGCCUCCGGCAAGGAAUGUAUACACGCACAUUCCAUCGGCAUUCAAAGAGCUCACAAAGCAGAAGCUUAAAUACCUUCUAACGAACGGUAUUAUCGAGGAAGUCACCAUGGAUAUGGAUCGUUCGUUCUGCUCCUCGCUUUUGGUGGUACCAAAAGGGAAGGACGACAUUCGGAUUGUCAUUGACUUACGAGGACCCAAUAGAUGCAUUUAUCGAACGCCUUUUAAAAUGCCUACGUUAGAGUCUAUACUGAUGGAGCUCCAUGGUGCGAAGUGGUUUUCCACCAUAGAUUUACAGAACGCAUUUUUCCAUAUCGAAUUGGACGAAGGAUCCCGCCAUUUAACAAAUUUUUUCGCGGGAGAUGGACUUUAUCGUUACCGCAGGCUACCGUUUGGAUUGACGAACGCCCCAGAUAUAUUUCAAGAAGUGUUGCAAACGGUGGUACUGGCUGGAUGCGAGGGACAGGUGAAUUAUUUGGACGACAUAAUGGUUUUUGGCAAUACGAAAAAAGAACAUGAUGAAAAUUUAGCUCAAGUAAUGAAGUGCUUAGCGAACCACAACGUCAAAAUAAAUGAGUCAAAGUGCGCCUUUGGGAAGCAAACUGUUGAUUUUCUUGGGUUCGUCGUAUCUGACCAAGGCUGGAAGAUUGAAGAUGAAAAAAUCGCAGCCCUAAAGAACUUUAGACAUCCGGAAUCGAUAGCUGAGGUGAAAAGCUUUCUGGGAUUGGUGAAUUUUGUGGAAAAAUUUAUUCCGAACAGAGCGGACAAAACCAUUAGACUCCGCGCAUUGGCAAAGGCUGACAGAUAUUACUGGAAUCAAGAGUUGAACGAUGAGUUCGAGUUCUUGAAGCAUUCUGCGUGGAAAACUAUUACAACUCUCGGAUAUUUCAAUAGAGAAGACCGCACGGAAUUAUUUGUGGAUGCAUCUCCAUACGGCCUGGGCGCAGUGCUGGUCCAAUUCGACAGUGACUCCAAACCAAGAGUGAUUACCUGUGCAUCUAAAGCCCUAUCUGCUACAGAACAAAAAUACCCACAGACGCAAAAAGAGGCUUUGGCCAUGGUCUGGGCAGUUGAAAGGUUUUCAACGUAUCUCAUGAGUAUAUCUUUUACGAUAAGAACGGAUGCUGAAUCCAACGAGUUUAUCUUUGGAGGCCUACAUCGGAUUGGAAAACGGGCGGUUACAAGGGCAGAAUCAUGGGCAUUACGUCUGCAGCCAUAUAACUUCAGCGUCAAGAGGAUCCCGGGAGAACUAAAUGUAGCAGAUGCUUUGUCUAGGCUGGUCAAACAGACUCAGCCUGAAGGUUCAUUUGAUGAGGAGGCAGAUGACAACCAUUUACUCUACUUUAUUGAUGCCGGUGCUAUGGAAAUCUCGUGGGAUGAGAUUGAGGAACAAUCGGAGAGAGAUUCUGAAUUGAAAAAUGUGAGAACAUCAAUUGAGACUGGCUGCUGGGAAGCUGGCUUGCGCAGAUACGAAUCCCAAUCGAAAGAAUUGAGUAUUUGUGGGAGCUCAGUCUUCAAAAACGACAAGAUUGUCCUGCCAAAUUCGUUGAGGCAAAAGGCUAUUCAAUCGGCUCAUCAGGGUCAUUUGGGAAUCGGUUCUACCAAAAGAAUCCUUCGAGAACAUUUCUGGUGGCCAGGAAUGACGUCGGAAGUGGAAUUCUUCAUCAAGCACUGUGAGACAUGCCUUCUACUGUCGAGAAAGAAUCCACCCAUUCCUUUAACCAACCGAGAGCUCCCUCGGGGUCCCUGGGAGAUAUUGCAAAUCGAUUUCUUCACUGACAAGGAAUUUGGGUUUGGCGAGUUCCUGGUUAUUGUAGACACGUACUCGCGUUACUUGAGUGUCAUAGAGAUGAAGAAAAUAGAUGCGGAUACGACUAUUAAAGCCCUGAAUGAGGUUUUUGCUGAAUGGGGGUACCCAUUAGUAAUGCAAAGCGACAAUGGCCCUCCAUUCCAAAGCGACAAGUUUGUGCGGACUUGGGAAAACAAGGGGAUAAAAAUUCGUAAGUCCCUACCCCUGAGCCCACAAUCAAACGGAGCCGUCGAAAGGCAGAACGAAGGAAUAAAGAGAGCUCUAGCAGCAUCUAAGUUGGAUGGCAUCAACUGGAAAUUGGCGUUAAACAAAUAUGUUCACGUCCACAAUAAGGUUCGCCCACUCACUCGACUGGGUGUUACUCCGUUUGAGUUGCUAGUGGGUUGGAAAUUCAGGGGAACCUUCCCGGGAUUGUGGAAAACAGACUUCGCCGAUGAACUGGAUCGAGAAGAUAUCAAAGAAAAGGACGCAUUUUCCAAGCUUCAGAGCAAGAAAAACGCUGAUCUCAAAAGGAAAGCCAGAGAUUCCGAUCUAACUGUUGGCGACAAAGUAGUUUUGUCACAGAUCAAGCGAAAUAAGUCGGACCCAAGCUUCAACCCCGAAAAAUUUACAAUAGUGGCCAGAGAAGGGGCUAAAAUAGUUGUCCAGAGCAAUAGAGGAGUUAUAUACACGAGGAAUGUAGGUGACGCGAAGAAAGUAUUAGCAGACCCAAUUGAACAAGAUCAAGAGACGCUUGGGAGUUCGCAAAACUCCAAUGUUAUCGAUGAUGACAGUCUACAGCCUAGAAGAGACGAAACUGCUCCGAGCAACACAAGAACGAUGUUUGAGGGAUACGAGCAAUUACCCGAUUUUGAUCCAGCUCAGGAUGACAUAGCAGAUACCAGCCGAAAAUCUGAAACAGUUCUACCGUACAAAGCCAACGAUGAGGAAAAAGAUCACGAAACAUCCGCACCAUUGCGUCCGCGACGAGAUAGACGUAUGCCAAACAGGUUGAAAGAUAUGAUUUUGUACAACAUAUACGACUAGGUGCAC